CCUGAAACUAAAAAAAUAAAAAUUUAAUAAAUAUAAAAACAAUUUUUUAUUUAUUACUAAUUUAUAUUUAAUUAUUUUUCAUUUAAUUUUCUUAUAUUCUUAUUUAGUUGUUGAACUAUUUCUACUAACUUAUAUUCAAUACUCAUGAUUUUUUUCCUACAGAUUACCUAUUACUCAAAUAUUUUAAAUUGCACUUUUUCAUUAUACUACAUGUAGUGUAAUGAAAUAUGGCUUCAUAUUGUAAGUAUUAAAUUUGUAUUCUUCAUUGCAAUUUGUUUAUGAAUGUUUUAUAUUUGUUUUUAUUUUUAGAUGAUGCAGUUUUUCGUAGAAAAAUUGCUGAAUCUGCAAAUAUAGAUGAACGAAACAGAAUUAGUGAAAAUAAGAGAGGGCGGUGGGAUCAACCAGACGUCCAGAUAAAUAGUCCUGAAGAUCAUUGGGAACGAAUAGUUGAACGAACUAGAAAUCAAAGAGGGUUAGUUUUUUUCUUGAUCUAACUCAAAUUUUAAUAUUUUACGUUAUACAUAUUUUUAUUGAUUAAUUUUUUUAAAAUAUAUAGAAUAAAUAUAGUUUAGCUCACAAACAAUUUUUUGGAAUUUUUUUCCCCCAAAAUGUGUGUUUUUACAUGCUUAAUUUGAUGGUUCUUUCAAAAAAGUUGCUCAAACCUCAUUUGGAAGUUAUAGUUAAAAAACUAAGAAAUGCUCGAUUUUUCUAAAAUUCAUGUUUUUCAGUUGAAAUUUUUUUUUUUAUAGAAAUGGCAGCAAAUAUAUGCUUAACAUUUUGGUUAAAUGAGAAUUCACCUAUCGUACUUAUUUUUGAUGGUAUUGUUAAUAAAUCACGUAGAACUCAAUUAUACUGUUAUUUCAAUCAUAUGUAUAUUAAAGUAAAUCAAAAUUCAUUUUUUGGAAAUCAGAACUAACUAAUAUUUUUACGAUAUUUAUGAGCUAUUUAAAUGAAAACGCCUAGGGGCUAUUUCUUUGGUAGUAAUUUAAAAAUUGUAGUCUUAGACACUAAUUGCCAAAUGUAACACAUCAAAAAGACGUUCAUGGACAUCCUCUCAAGUUAUGUUAAAUUACCAGGAAAAAGGUCUAUGAACUAUAAGUUUAUAAAAAUAAUUAGAACACUACUAAAAGGUUGUAUAUUCUAUGUUACAUUAUAAGGAAAAGAAAUCAAGUGGAAAAAACAAAACAACGACCUACCCCAUGGAAGAUUUUUGGCACCACUACUUUUUAAUAUUUACACAAAUGAUCAGCCAAAGAAUCCCACAAAGAGACAUUUUCUGUACCCUGACAACCUUGCAAUAGCCAUAUAAGGAGGUAAUUUCGAAGAAAUAGAAGAAACAAUCAAAGAAUCAUUAGUGACAUUAGCUGAAUAUUAUGAACAAACUUAUUUAAGAUUAAAUCCCCACAAGACACAAGUGUAUGCUUAUCAUCUUAGAAAUUGUGAGGCAAAGAGGAAACUGAACAUUGAAUGGCAAGGAGUUAAAAUAGACCAUGAGAACAACCCUAAAUACUUAAGAAUGAAACUGGACUGUGCUCUAAUAUAUAAAGUACAUUGCGAAAAUACUGGGAAAAAAAGUUACAACAAGAAAUAAUUUACUCCAAAAAUUAGCAGAGACAAAAUGGGGUGCUUGUCCAAAGGUACUUAGAAUGUCUGGUCUAGCCCUUUGUUAUUCAAUCAGAGAAUAUGCUAGUUCAGUAUGACGUCUUUCAGCAACGCCAAAAAAGUAGAUGUAGCCUUGAAUAACACUAAUAGAAUAAUUACUGGAUGUCUGAAAUACCUGUAGGGAAUUGAAACUCUACCAUUGACCGACACGAGAAGAAGAUCGUAUUAAUUUCACCGAUAGGUAAAUUCUGAUUUCACUAAAAUGUUAAGCACAUAAUUACUACCAUGUCUAAAAAAAAAUUACAAAAAUAUAAAGUUUUAGUAUUUUAAACUCAUAUCUCCCAAAUGAAGUUUUCCAAAUGAAGCUUUUUUUGAAAGUACUAUCAAAUUAAGAAUGCAAAAACACAUAUUUUGGACAAAAAUAAGUCAAAAAAAUUGCUUGGGAGCUAAAUUGCAUUCAUUCCAAAUAUAUGUCCUAUAUCUUACUAUUUUUAGCGAGGUGCAGUUUACUGACAUACAUGGCGAUAAACCAUCAUCUUUAAUAGAUUUAACAAUCGAUACAAAUAUUUCUACCAAUAAACCGCCUGUACCUGUAAGAACGUCUCCUUUGUGGAAUGACAUAAUGCCUCAAUUCAACCCUUUUAACUUAAUGAAUCCAGUGAAUGUAAUGGACUCCGCUAUGUUUAUAGGACAAGUUAGUUGUAUUUUAUUUAGAUAGUUGUUGAUGGCUUAUGUACUUAUACGUUUUUCAGUAUGGUGUCAUGGGUGGCAUGUUAACUACACCUCCUUCUAUGAUUGUAAAUCAUACUACUCCUACAAGAGGACCAGAAUCUAAUGCCAUUCAGACAGAUAAACGUACUAUACAACUUGAACUAUGUACAUUAUACCCACCUCCUGCAAAUGCACCAGCACCAACUUCUAGAGAAAGACCUCCAGGUUGUCGAACAGUUUUUGUUGGAGGUUUACCAGACAACAUUACUGAAGAUAUCAUGAAGUCAAUUUUUGCAAACUAUGGGGAAAUAUUAACAAUCCGAUUGAGUAAUAGAAAGUUCUGUCACAUACGGUUUGAAAACGAAUGUUCAGUUGAUCUUGCAUUAGAACUUUCAGGUAUUCUAAUUAAUUACUUUAUAGUUUUUCAAUAAAAUUAAUUUGUUUGUUUAUUGUUUAUGCUUGGUUUUUAUUAUCUUGUUAGUUUGAGGUAAAACAUAGAUUUUUUUUAAAAAUAUUUUAUACUUUGUUUUUCUUAUAUUUAAAUCUUAUUCAUAAAUUAUUUAACAAUAUUUUUAUGUAACCUGAGAAUGGUUUUUACCCAAAAUUAGUAGUUAUAAAUAAAUGUGUACACUUCCAAGUCUGUUUUACAGAAUUUAAUUAUCUUUUAAAACUUGUAGGUUAUAAUGUUUUAAAAUUAUUUAUAACUAUCAAUAUAUAGUUUAAAAUAAUAAUGUUAUCAUUCUGUUUUAACAUUUCCAAAACUGGUCUUAGCAAAUGUAUAUCUAAUAAUAAUGGCUUUUUUUGCAUUAUUAUUUAAAAUUAUAAAUUUUUGUUUUCUUAUAACAGGUUUUAAAUAUUACAUUUGUAAUUUUAUUUAAUUUAUUGUAUCAAUACAACUAAGUAUUUUAAAUUGGUUUCCAUUCUUAUGAUAAAAAAAAAAAAAAUUAAAUAAUUCAAUUUUGAUUUUAUUUUGAAAUAUAUACUUGUUUUUAAAAACUAAUGCCAGUAUAAAUUAUAUUUAGGAUAUCGAUUGGUCAUGAAAGGACAAGAAUUAAUAUCUGCAUCACGUUUACACGUUGAUUAUGCGCAGGCUCGUGAUGACCAGUAUGAAUGGCAAAUGAAAAAAAGACAUUUGAUGCGUGAAGAAAGACGUCAACAACAAACUCGGUCUAAUCCACCUCCAUCCCCUCCUUUAAUACCACAUUUCACUGAAGCUAAAGCUUUAUCUGUUAGUGAAGAAAUUAAAGGUAGUCAUACUAUUUAUGAUCUUAGUUUAUUUUUAUUAUUAAAAAUUUAUUCUUAAAAAUGUAUUUCAACUCUAAUAUUUUAUAGCUGAUACGUCAUUUUUAAAUGCUGUACAAGUAGUUAUUACAUGGUUAGAACGAGGAGACUGUAAUAAACGCAAUGUUAAUAUAUUUUAUUCAAUAAUUCAAUCAACCAACUCCCAUGUACGUCGUCUAUUAUUAGAAAAAAAUCAAUUUGAAGAAGAACUUCAGAAUCUCAAAGACCUUACUAAACGCCGUAUGCAGGCAAUUUUAUUACAAUGUAAGUAUAUCAUAAUUAUCACUAUUUAUUUAUACAAAUAAGUAUAUUCUGGUUAAAAGAGAACUUAUAAUAACCAUCAAUCUUGUUAGAAUGAUGACUGAUGACAAGUAAAAAUAAAGAAGAAAAAGUAAAUAACAGCCUGUAACAUGCUAAAAAACAAAAUAUAAUAUAAUAUUACAUUAAAGCUAUUUUAGUUGCAUGACAGGUUUCAUAAUUUUCUUUUUUUUUUAUAAUAUUUAGAUUCAGGUAUUUGGUUUUAUUUUUUAUUUGGUUCAGCUUAAAAUAUUCGAGGUUCACAUUUGAAAUAUGAUUUUGUAUUGUGCAUUUGUCAAGGUUAGUAUUGCUUUUGACUGAAGAAGAAAAUUUAGUAUGAUGUUACUUUAAAAUAAUGGUGAAUUUAAUUACACUCAUUUUAUUUGUAUACAAAAUAAAAUAACAUAUACCAAUAAUUAUUGGGCUGAGGUUUGUGAACAUUGGUACUAUAUUAUUAUAGUCUAUUACAUGGUCUGUAAAUGUUAUUCAUAUUUCAGAAGCAAUUAUUUUACAUUAUUUGAUACAGGUAAGUUUAAAAUGGGCUGAAAGUUUUAAUUAUAUUUUAAGGCGUUUUGAUGGUGUUUAGAAGAAAAAUAAUUUAUCGAAUAAUCUAAUUUGAUUCCUAAACAACUUAACUUGUAUUUUUCCAUACAAAAUUCUUUUUGUAAAAGAAAGUUAAGUGUAUUGCAAUUUAUUUAUCAUUAUUUUAUUUGUUUAUUGCAUACAAUAAAUGUGUUUAUAAUAUAAAUUUAAAAAUAAAAAAAAUAAAAGGUAAUAAUAAAUACAUACAUAUUAGUUUAAAGGCCAAAUCAUUAUUACUGUAUUUUAUGAUUGAGUUUUCAUUAAACUUAAAGUAAAAUGUUAACUUUAAAAUACAACAUUAGAAUUCAGUAGUCACAUAAUUUGUUCUUUGAAUUAUAUCAUCUUGUAUAUUCUUCAUUCCUUUUUUGUAACACGGUUAACUUUUAAAUAUAAAGUCUAAUUACUUAACUUAUUAUCAUUUUUCGAGCAUAAUUAAUUUUUAUAAUAGGCACAAUGCAGCCUACACUAAAAUAUCUGAUUUAUAAGGACUUCUCUUCUUUUUUUUUUUUUAAUUUGUUAACCGCCUGUGUUAUUGUCCUUGUAUAAAGUCACCCAGAUCGAGAAAGUGUUUACUUCUGCAUCACACAAGAAGGUUUGGGAUCAUUUCACUAAGGCGCAGCGAAAGAACAUUGAGACAUGGAAGAAGCAGGCAAUGGUAGGUUUUAUGCUAACUAAAACAAACAAACAAUUAUAGAUUUUGCUUAAUUUAGUUUAUGAAAUUAUAGAUUGCUUAUCUAUAGACAUUUGAAGAAUAAUAAUGUGUUUCUUACAAAACAAACCAAACUUCUAAUUGCUAUAUUAUUUUGCUGAAAUAAUAACUAUUGCUUAAUAUGUUAGUAUAAAAUGUAUACUUAAAAUUAUAAUUGUUUUGUUUUAUUUGUUCACAAUGUUGUAUGUAUGUUGUUUAUUUAUAAAACCAAUUACUUGACAAUCAUUAUUAAUAUUAAUGCAUGAUAUUAUUGUUCACUUGCAUGGCAGUGUCAACUAUGCUAUAAUAUUUUACGACUAAUUAACAGGAAUUUGUAUUAUACCAAAUAAUUUAGGUAGGUGUUAUAUUUAAUUUGUUUACCUUGAGUUUUAUUUUUAAUUUUGAUGUGAAAAUUAGGGAUCGCGCGUAAUAUAUAAUAUGUUGACCUACAUAUUUGUAAUGUACUUGCUACAAAUAAAGUAUAUAAAUAUAUACCUUUACUUAAUUUUAUUGAGUUAUGUAUUUGCAUAAUUUAGUUAAUUGUUUAAAAAUUUUAGUCUCUAUCUAAGCUGGGUAUAGAUGACGAAGAUGAAAUGAUUGGUGGAGAUGAAAUGGAUCUUUCUGAUGAUGAGAGCAAUUUAAAAAAGACAAAAACUAAAACUGAUCCUAUACAGUUACAGGUUUUUAUAUAAACUAUUACAUACUAUUAUUGAUUUUAUAAUAAAUUAAAUUUGUCACUGAAGUUACACACUAAAGUGUAACUGAUUAAUUUAUUAUUGAGUAAUUCAGCAAUUUAGGUAUUUUAAAUUUUAAUUGUAACAUGUACUUGUAUUAAUUUAGGAUGAAAAUGAUCACCUUAAAUGUGAAUUAGAAGCUUACAAAAAUGAAAUAGGAAUGAUGAAAGCUAGUUUACAAACUUCAGACCAAAAGGAUAUUCAAAUAAAUUAUUUGCAACAACAAUUACUAUCUACUAGACAAGUAUUAUUAAUAUUUUUCUUUAAUUAAUUUAAAAAAUAUAAAUAUUUAUUUCAUAUUUUAUGGGGACAAACAAUUUUUUUUUUUUUUUUUUUACUUUGAUAAAUAUUUUAUAAUUGUUUAUUUUAUAGGAGUUAAAUGUUCUUACUGAAAAGUAUUCAGACAAUCAAAAAUCAAAUAAUCAAUUGAUUCAGAGUAAUGAAAUACGAGAAACAAACAAAGGAUCAAAUGGUUUUUCUGAACAUCAAAUAAAACUACUAGGUACUUACUUUUCCACAUUACCGAACACCCUUUUUUUUUUUUUUUUUUUUUCAAAAUAUUUGUCUUAAAACACCGAGUUGAAAAAUGUCUGAUUAUAGUUUUUAGAUUCUGAGCGAAACGAUACAUGUAUUUGUUUUACAAUGAUGUUUAUUUAUUUAUUUAUUUUUUUUUUAUAUAUAUAUAUGGUGAACUAUAUUUCCUAGGAUAGUACUUCAAGAAGGUCAUUUUUUGAUUUUUCAAGCAGUUUUAAAAUAAUUCGGAAAAACCGCAAAAAAAUGUAGGAAAUAUGGAAAAAUUUGCUUAAAUUUGAGUCAUUUUAACUAUUUAUAGACACUUUAAUUUUAAAUUAAUGUAAUUUUUAUUCUGUAAGUACUUUUUGGAUAAAAUUGUAUGACCAAACAGAAAUGUUUGAAAAUUUACUAGGAAGAUCAUUAUACGUCAUACCAUGUGGUCACAUUAUAAUGAAAAUCAAAAUAUUACAGCCUUUUAAGACAUGUUUAACUAAAAAUCGCUCCAAAUUUUUUGUUUUUUCAUUAGCAAUAUUACAUUUUGCGUACGGUAUAUAUUAAAUUCCUCUAUAUAUCCUACCUUCCCAACUUCUCACUUACAACAGUAGCCCACUCAUCGUGCAAAAUAUAUCUGAUUUUUUAUUUUGGAAGUUUAUAAAAAAACUUCAAAAACAAAUUUUUGAAUUGUUCUUAACUUCAAAACUAAUUUUGACUUUACUGUUGUUUUCAUUAUACUUUAUUACUUAUGGUUUUUAUAAAAAAUUGUUUCCAGUAAAGUAGAAAUAUAUCCUUAAUUUAUUUUAUUAAUAUUUCAAUUUUUUUUUUUGUUAAAAAUUAAUUAUGCUUACAGGUUUUAUGGCAGUUUUUUUAAGCAUUCAUCCUUUUGGAACUAGUGUUGAAAAUGUUGUAAACUAUGUCAAAAACGUUGAUAAAAAUAUAACUACUCAACAAAUAGAAAAACUUCUAGUCACAAAUAAAAUAUUAUUUGAACAUUGCCAUUGUAGUAAUGAUAAAUCUCUUUGGAAAUUAGUCAAUUUUAGUUAACUAUAUUAUUUGCAAAUGACACUUUUUAUUUGUAAUGUUUUUGUUAUUAUAUUUUUCAUUUUAUUAUAAUAUUAUCGUAUUUGAAAUAAUAUAAUAUUGCCAGUGAUGGGAAAGAAUGGAUUCAUUUGAACACGUUCAUUUUGUAUGAACUGAACAUGAGCACGAUCAAUUUUCAAAAAGUGAACUUGAACGUGAACUAAAUUUUUAUUUUAUAUAAACGUGGAAGUUUUGUUGAUAAAGUAAUUUUCUUAGACCUUAGUUAUAUUUAUUAUUAGGGAAUGGAUUUGUAUGUACUUAAAAUUCACAAACAAGCGCUUAAAAAUGUCAUAAAAGCAUUAAAAAAUAUUUUAAAGAACAAUAAAAGUAGGAAGGUUUUAAAGGUUCUCCAUUUAGUGUUUUUGACCUAUUAAAAAUUAUUUUUCAAAACUAAAACAAUUAUUACAAUGUAAUUUUCUUCAAAUAUAUUUGUACGUGUUAUAAAAAGACAGAAAUGCUUAGUGUUAAUCAUUUGUCAGUGUUAUACAAUUUUAUUUAAAUAGUGUUAGAACCGUUAGAGUGGGGACUUUAAAACCCUUUUACCACUUUUAAUUUUUUAAAUAUUUUAAGUGCUUUUUGGGGCUUUUAGUACAUAUAAAUCCGUUUCCUAUUUAUUAUUAAUAUUUCAUUGACACAUUGAAAAAGAAAAUUUGAAUUUUUAUUUGCUAGGUUAUUUUUACAAUAAUUAUUAAUCGUUCAGUAUUUAGUGUAAGUACCUAUUUUCAAUUGUAAUAGAUAAUACGUACCAUAUUAAAUACUGAAUACUAUAUUUUUAAAACUGUUCUGUUACAACAAACAUUUCUGUGUAAUAAUAUAACAAUAUUAUAUAUAAAUAAUUUACUCAUGUUUCAAUUUUAUGAACUUUAACUAGUUCAUUUUUAAAAAGAAAUUUCAAAUUGUUGUAUUUCGCCUUUUAAUUUAUAAUUAAUUUGUAUUUAUUUAUCAUUAUUAUUAACUUAUCUCCAUUUUCAAUUUAUGAUAUAAAACAAAUACAAAUACAAAAAAUAGUAUGUCUAAUACUGUUAUUUAACAUAUUAUUCUAAUUGUUAUUAGGUAGGUAUUAUUAUUUUUUUAUUAAUAUUUUAACUUUGAAUUUGUACUCACUUUUUAAACUGAAAUAACAAUUUCUACUGCAUAUUAAAAUCUUUUAUGUAAAACUAAUUACCUAUUUCCCUUUUAGUAAAUUAUUAAAUUAAAUUUUAAAAAUAUUUUAAAUGCCUACCUAAUGUUUUCAUUAAAAUAAUCAC